AUGGUUAUCUACAGGGACGAUGGGAAGGAUGCCCUGAAGUUUUACACUGACCCCUCCUACUUCUUUGAACUGUGGAAGGAGAAGAUGCUGCAGGACACCAAGGACAUCAUGAAGGAGAGACGCAAGCACAGAAAGGAGAAGAAAGACCACCUGAACCAACGGACGCUCAAUCCGCGAAAGAUCAAGACCAGGAAGGACGAAUGGGAGCGCCGUAAGAUGGGGGAGGAGUUUGUGGAGCCGAAGAAUGAUUUGAUGAAUUCCUCUGAGGGUCUGAAUGGCAGUAUUGGAUCUGGAGAUGGCUUCAACUCUGAGGGCUUGGAGCAGAGCACCGGAUCCUACGCCUAUGACCCCGACUCCCCUCUCUCUCCACCUGGCACUGAUGACUUCCUCCCACCUCCACCUGCAGACAUAGCGUAUAAUGACGGAGGCUACGGAGCACCGAGCCAGAAUCGUGUCAGCGUGCUGAGUCCAAGCCACCCACCUCCUGCCCCCCCCAUGACCUCUCCACCUCCAAACUCUCGCCCCAGAAAGGGUUCAGGAGUACCUAAAAUGGAAGUCUUUGCGGGAGCUGGAAUUAAUACAAAAGGUUUCAACCUGCGUAAGACGGAGGCGCAGCGUGAGCAGGAGAAGAGGGAUCACUCUAACAACGAUGUGGCCGCCAUCCUGUCCCGUCGUAUCGCUGUCGAGUGCAGCGACAGCGAGGAUGACUCCUCAGAGUUUGACGAUGACAAUUGGUCAGACUGA